CCUCUUGUUCUGUACGUUUCAGGUCAAUCCGAUGCAUCGCUGCAGACAUCAUCGCCUCCCCCCUACAGCCAAGUGAUGCAGGGGCGACACGCUGCCUUGUCCGUGGGCUACCCAGUGCAGACGCGUCCACCACCUCCCCCUGUCGGGGUGGGGGGCUACGUUCAGGAGACGCAGUUCCAGGGCGGACCCCCGGGGUAUAACACCCUCCUGCACCAGGGGCCGCUGGGCCCCGCCCGCUACAUCGCCCCGCCACCCCCUCCUCCCGGCUACGCCGUUCAACUCCAGCCCUACACGACGCUCAUUCCCAUCUAUCCCAUCGGGAAUCCUCCUCAGCCGUACCUGCCGGGAUAUCCCGGGAUCGCUACGAAUGGGCCACAGUCCCGGAUUCCGUCGGCAUUCGGAGUCACGGAGCCGGAGAGGUGGCCUCACGACUACCUGCCCAUCGCGGUGUUGACCACUAUCUGCUGCUUCUGGCCGACGGGGAUCAUCGCCAUCAUCAAGGCACUGGAGACACGUCAGGCGGCGUCACAGGGCGACCACCUCUCGGCACAGAUUGCUUCCCGCCAGGCCCGGAACUACUCUUUCAUCAGCCUGGCCGUGGGGGUCUCUGCCAUGGUCCUGUGCGCCAUCCUGGUGAUCGUCGUGGCAAUCGAAGCCAAGCACAGCGGCGCGGACUGGGAACCAUAGCCACAGCCGGUGCAGGGUCGAAGCGCAGGUGGCCCUGGACAUCGUUACCCUCUCGACCACCCCUCCAGGAAAUAAAACUUUCUCUCUCCGAGUUCAAAAUCAUCGAGUCGUUCGGCAAGAAAAUCCUCCUCCGUCGGUUUUAAUUUUGGCCGAUUGGAAAUUGGACCAGCACUGUACAAAAAACACUCGCUGUAUAUCCAACGUCACCAGGCAAAGACUGUGGUGAUCCCAAUGACAAUAGGUGCAGGAGUAGGCCAUUCGGCCCUUCGAGCCAGCACCGCCAUUCACUGUGAUCAUGGCUGAUCAUCCACAUUCAGUAUCUCGUUCCUGCCUUCUCCACAUAUCCCCUGACUGCCCUAUCUUGAGGAGCCCUAUCUAGCUCUCCCUUGAAAGCAUCCAGAGAAUUUGCCUCCACUGCGUUUUGAGGCAGAGAAUUCCACAGACUCACAACUGCCUGGGUGAAAAAUAAUGUCCUCAUCUCCGUUCUAAAUUGUCCUACCCCAUAUUCCUAAACUGUGGCUCCCGGUUCUAGACUCCCCCAACAUCGGGAACUUGUUUCCUGCCUCUAGUGUGUCCAAUCCCUUAAUAAUCUUAUAUGUAUCUUCUAUAAGAUACCCUUUCAUCCUUCUAAAUUCCAGUGUAUGCAAGCAUCCACAUUCAGUACCCCGUUCCUGCCUUCUCCCCAUAUCCCCUGACUCCACUAUCUUGAGGAGCUCUAUCUAGCUCUCUCUUGAAAGUAUCCAGAGAACUGGGCUCCGCUGCCUUCUGAGGCAGAGAAUUCCACAGCCUAACUCUCUGGUUGAAAAGGUUUUUCCUCAUCUCCGUUCUAAUGGUCCUACCCCUUAUUCUUAAACUGUGUGGCCUCUGGUUGUGGACUCCCCCAACAUCGGGAACAUGUUUCCUGCCUCCAGCGUGUCCAAACCCUUAAUAAUUUUAUAUGUUUCAAAGAUGGGAUCAUAGUUUGAUGGGAGCCACUCAGAGUCCCGAGUCUCGGGAAUGUCUCAGUCAAACAUUCCCAACUGCAGGAAUCCCACAUGCCUCGUUAAUUUCCUCCCUAUCUCCCACAGCCCGCACUAUAUUGCGAGGCAGACUACCCUGCAGAUUGCUUCACCUCUGGCAUGCCUCCGAUUCCUCCUCAUCAUAGUGUCUCUGCGAUCAGUCCUGUAGAUGAGUGAACAUAUACAGAAAUACUUCGUAUUCAAUGGCUCAAUGGAACUUUAUUUGUCACUUUUUCUUUUUUUGUAUCAAAAAUAAUUUAUUUAAUUACAACAUACAAUAGACAAUAGGUGCAGGAGGAGGCCAUUCGGCCCUUCGAGCCAGCAACGCCAUUCGAUGUGAUCAUGGCUGAUCAUCCACAAUCAGUACCCCGUUUCUGCCUUCUCCCCAUAUCCCCCGACUCCGCUAUCUUUAAGAGCCCCAUCUAGCUCUCUCUUGAAAGUAUCCAGAGAACCGGCCUCCACCGCCCUCUGAGGCAGAGAAUUCCACAGACUCACAACUCACUGUGUGAAAAUGUGUUUCCUCAUCUCAUUUCCAAAUGGCUUACCCCUUAUUCUUAAAGUGUGUGUGUGCCCCUGGCUGUGGACUCCCCCAACAUCGGUGGUGAUAAUGCUAGUGUGUGUGGAUCGUUGGUCGGUGGGCCGAAUGGCCUGUUUCCGCGCUGUAUCUCUAAACUACACUAAGCCCAACCCUAUGAAUCUUGAAAAUCUUGAAUUGGAUAACAUGCUCAUCUUAUAAUCGUCGUGACAAAGUAAUCUACAAACCUGUACGUCUGUGGAGUGUGAGAGGCAACUGGGGCUCCCGGAGAAAACCCACGCGGGUCACGGAGACAAUGCGUACAAACUAUAUGCACACAGCACCCGUAGUCGGGAUCGAACCCGGGACUCCGGCGCUGUGAGGUCUAUCGCUGCGCCAUCGCGACACCCCGAUUUCACAGAGGAAUGAUCAUGCAAUGAUAUGCUUGGUGCAUGAUCAUCAGGCAUUGAAACCAGGUGCAACAGGCUGGGGAACUGUUUAAGUGAUGGCGACCACAUGUGGGUGGAACAGUGUCAGGUCAGCGUCAGAGAUGAUAGCAGCACAGGAAGAUUGUUAAGAGUUUUGGAAGACAGCUGAUAUCAUUGCAGCUUCUCAAAAGCGAGAUUCCUCAAAGGAAAGAUGCAUUGGAUUGACACAUGGGGUGGUUAAGUAUUGAAGACCUAUUAUCAAGGAAUCCAAGCAAAAAAGCGAAUGGAUCAUUAGUGUGGGAGCAUCUGUUUUAGUCACAGAUAUAGCUGUGUCAAGGAUGUAUAACCCUAUAUUCCAUGCCGUAAGUAAGAAUUGUAUUGUCCCAUCCGAGACAUCUGACAAUAAAACGCUCUUGACUCUUGGAAA